AUGAUUUUGCCCAAUCUUAAAUGUUUUUCAUUAAAAUCUUAUCUAUUCACAUUUGUGUAUGAUAAUGAAAUGGUGCCACUGCUUCGUCGUAUGUUAAACUUGGAAGUACUUACUUUGUAUAUCAUGGCUAAAAAUCGACAAACAUUGAUCGAUGGAAAUCAUCUUAGCAAUGAAAUUCUCGUUCAUAUGCCUAGAUUACUUACAUUUACGUUUUUUAUUCGUACAGUUAAUGAUAUUGGUAAUGUAGGUAAUUGGCAAUUCAAUGAAGAUAUUCAACGUUCAUUUAAUAAUAGCAGAUGGUCUCAAGUUAACUAUUGA